CAACCACCAACACAGAGGAUGGAAGAAACCUGUAUCGCACCUGACGGCAGUCAGAUGUGGACAUUCGGGCUGAGCUCGAACUAUGCCACCAUGAUACUGGCUCUGCUCCUUGCUUGCCUACCACUCACGACAAUCCUGCUGGGUCCGAAGCUCCUCUUCUACGUUGGAGGCACAUUUGGCUAUUACCUGAAGAAGAAAACAGCCGGACGCAGAGCGCAUAUCCUGGAGUUAACGGUGGCGGAUGAGAAGGCAUUUCUGGCAAAAGGGGGAGACAGGCGGGGGGGUAGUGACGAGUGGGAGAAUGUAGAAGCCCAUGCCGUGGUAACGGCACAGAAUGGAGAGAAGGGAGACGAGCAGUGGGAUGGUAUUGUUGGAUUCUUUCAUCCUUUCUGUAAUGCUGGUGGUGGCGGAGAAAGAGUUCUUUGGGCUGCCAUUAGAGCGACUCAGAAGCGUUGGCCCAAGGCCAGGUGCGUUGUCUAUACCGGUGAUCAUGACAUGGACAAAGCAGCCAUCCUGGCUAGAGUCAAGAGCCGCUUCAAUAUCCACCUCCAUCCACCCACUGUAACCUUUCUCUAUCUCACAACACGUUCCUGGGUCCUUGCCUCCUCAUGGCCACACUUCACAUUGCUGGGACAGUCUUUUGGGUCACUUGUGUUGGCAUGGGAUGCAUUCUCUCUGCUUGUCCCUGAUAUUUUUGUGGAUACGAUGGGAUAUGCGUUUGCGCUGGCUUUCAGCAAGAUCCUGUUUCAAGAUGUCCCAACAGGAGCAUAUGUUCAUUAUCCCACGAUAUCAACGGAUAUGCUUAGCUCACUGGAUCCGGGCUCUGCAACUGGAAACCAGGGCGUCAAUGCGGGGAGAGGGACGGGUUUGAAAGGUGCCGGCAAGAAACUGUACUGGCAUAUUUUCGCGUUGUUUUAUUCCUGGGUUGGCGCUUCCAUCGAUGCUGUGAUGACUAAUUCUACAUGGACUCUGGAGCACAUUCGGUCUUUAUGGGAUGAUUGGAGAAGAGAGCUCGGAAAGUGGAAACCAAUUGUCCUUUAUCCCCCUGUUGCAGUUGAAGAGUUGGAGAAGGAGGUUGAAGUCUCGGAAGCCAGUGAGAAGGUUCGGGAGAAUAUCCUGUUAUACAUUGCGCAGUUCAGGCCCGAGAAGAACCACAAGCUCAUCUUAACAGCAUUUGCGGAGUUUAUGUCAACGAAAAGCGCCGCCACGAAAGGAGCGAGACUAAUUUUAGUUGGAAGUGUGCGGGAUGAUGGGGAUUCGAAACGUGUAUAUGAAUUGCGCCUGCUAGCGAAUGAGCUAAAGAUCAGGGACUGCGUGGAGUUCCAUCUCGAUGCCUCAUGGCCAGAGAUCCUAGAUUGGCUUCGAAAGGCUAGUGUCGGUGUCAAUGGAAUGUGGAAUGAGCACUUUGGUAUUGGCGUUGUUGAGUAUCAAGCAGCUGGUCUCAUUUCCGUGGUUCAUAACAGUGGUGGACCAAAACGUGAUAUCGUGACACCGUUUCAUGGUGAGCCAACUGGUUUUCAUGCCACAACAGCAACAGAAUUUGCAGAAGGCUUCGAGCAAGCAUUGGCACUGGAAGAUAAGUUGGCCAUGCGCCUCAGAGCACGUGAGUCGGCGAAGAGAUUCACAGAGGGGGAGUUUGCGAAAGGCUGGAUAUCCCAGAUGGAGAACCUGGUUAGGUUGCGUCAGUUAGUAUCAGCGUGAAUACCCCUUUUUGUAGCUGUAGCAUUAAACAUCCUAUUCGAUUCGAAUCAUGCUAGGUAGGUGCCUUGUACCUUGUGCCAUUUUCAUAUGUAUUGCAGG